GUUGAAAUUACUUUCAAUGACUGAACUUGAAUUUAAUUCUCAAAGAUCUCGGAUGUGCUUAUAAUCAGUAAAUACAGACAUGGUGGUAUUGAAAUGUUGACAAGUACUAGCGCAUUUGCCAGAACUACAAUAGCAUCCACCAUCAUAAUAAUCCAUAAAAGCUUCCACCAACACUGUCGAGUAUUCUGCUCCAGGCCAAAACCGAGGGAUGUUAUUUUGUUCCCUGGUCAAGGAAGUCAGUUUGUCGGCAUGGCUGCAAGCCUGGCAAAGAUGCCUGUAGUGAAACAAUUGUUUGAGACAGCAAACAAGAUAUUGGGUUAUGAUCUUUUGGAGUUGUGUCUCAAUGGACCAAAGACAGAACUUGAUAGAACUGUGUAUUGUCAGCCUGCUGUGUUUGUGGCUAGUCUUGCGGCACUGGAAAAAUACAAGGAGAUGCAGGGCAAUGGGUAUAUUAUGGAUAUAGGCAGACAUAGAUAACAUAACAAAUAGUCAAAUUAGCACAAGGGUGUGUCUCAUCUGGAUUGGUCAGAGCAUGCGCCUUCACUGGUGUGAGUGGUACCCAGGUCCAAUUACAAUAUGCAAUUUUCUUAUCAGAGUAUCAGACAUCAAUCUUUGAUACAUUUAACAGGCAAACAGUCCAUUGCAUUCUGGACUGGGACUAGCACCCCUGGUCACCCACCUACAAUGAGCUAGGAAUCUUGCCAACCCCACCCCUACCCUAUUUCAGAACUUUUGUAUCUUCAUUUUAUUGGUAAACUUAUAUUGCUAAACUUCUAUUUCUCCUUUUAGUUGGUUUGAAAACCAGAGCAUAGUUACAGCUGGCUUCAGUGUUGGAGAAUUGGCAGCGCUGGUUCUGGGCAAUGCCUUGGCAUUUGAAGAUGGUAACAAGUCCUAAUCAUAGAAUCAUGUAUUUACGA